AUGGGAAAGACCCUUUUAGAAAAUAUAAACAUUUUCCUAUAUAUUAAUAGUAUGGCAUUUAUAUCAUAUUUUUUUUAUCUAUUAGCUUUAGUUAUUAUACAUUCUAGUGCGAAAUCUGAUUCUAAUUUUAACAAUAAUGAAUUUAAACAACGAUUACCAAAGUUGGGUAUGUCAUGGAAGAAUUGUGGACCGCGCAAUGAUCCGGUACAAUUAUUGUCGUUAGUUGUCUCUCCUGAACCCGUUCCAAUACCAGGCAAUUUUACUGUUGCAUUAACAUUAAAUUCAAGCAGAGAAAGUUCAAGCCCAAUAUCAGCGACAAUAUUAGUUGAAAGAAAAGUUGGCCCAUUUUUUGUCAAAGUUCCAUGUUUAGAAAAUAUUGGCUCAUGUUCAUAUGCUGAUAUGUGUGGUGAAUGGGCAAAGUUUUGUCCAAAAUAUUUAGAAAAAUACGGUUUUACGUGUACCUGUCCUAUGCCACCUAAAAGUUUUGUUAUUCAAGAUGCUCCAUUUAGUGUUACAUCCGUAAUACCACCCGAAUUUUUAGGUGAUUAUCGCGUUACUGCUGAUAUAUCAACAAAAGAAGGACAUGCAACUUGUAUACAAAUUGAAUUGGCAGUUAAAUCCGGAAAGUAA